AUGAAUGAAGUCAUGAAUGUGACCAGUGUUUUGCUUGGUGGGUUUGUAGAAGUGGAGAAAUACAGAUACGUUUGCUUUCUGAUAAUGUUAGCUGUAUAUAUUUUAAUCAUAUGCUGUAAUUCCAUUGUGGUGUACCUCAUAGUGAUUCACAGAAACCUUCAUGAGCCAAUGUACAUUUUCAUCGCAGCUUUGCUGAUCAACUCAAUUCUUUUCAGCACUAAUAUCUACCCAAAGCUAUUGGUUGACUUUUUAUCAGAGAAACAGACUAUAGUACAUCCAGCCUGUAUCUUUCAAGCUGUUACAUACUAUGUUCUUACCUACUCUGAGUUCUUACUGCUGUCAGCCAUGGCCUAUGACCGGUACAUAUCUAUAUGUAAACCUCUGCAGUACGCAGCCAUCAUGAGGAAAACAACAGUCACUGUGACUCUGGUCACAGCUUGGUUUGUCCCUGCGUGUGAAGUCACAGGAGCCAUUGCAUUGAAUUUUGAUCUGAAUUUCUGUGGUUUUACUUUAAAAGGUUUUUUUUGCAACAAUUCCAUUUACAAACUUAUGUGUGUGCGCACAGAAGCUUUAUCCAUCUAUGGAGCAGUCAUUUUGCUGAACCUUGGACUUCUGCCUAUGCUCUUUAUCAUUUUUUCAUACAGUCAGAUCUUAAUGAUUUCCUUUCAAAGCUGUAAAGAGGUAAGAACUAAAGCUGCAAGAACCUGCUUACCCCAUUUGAUAGUUUUAAUCAACUUUUCCAUUUCUGUGACCUUCGAUGUGAUCAUCGUCAGACUAGAAUCAGACAUUUCAAGAACUGCACACCUGAUAAUGACUUUACAGGUAAUUCUCUAUCAUCCUCUCUUUAAUCCACUCAUGUACGGACUCAAAAUGAAAGACAUUUAUAAACACCUCCAGAGCUUAUUCUGUCAGGUUGAAUCACACUGA